AUGUCGCGCGCAUCCAUCAUGAAUAUUGGAGAACAUGAGUACCCCUUCCUAGAGGAAGUCUUUACACCUGCUGAGCAACCCAAGAUCGACUUUGUGUUCGUCCACGGCCUCAACCCACGUGGGAGAAAUGACCAUCCGUUCGAGACCUGGACCCAUCAAAAUGGCACCUUCUGGCCCAGAGAUCUCCUUCCCCAUGACAUUCCCCAGGCGCGCAUCUUCAUCUAUGGAUAUAAUUCCAACAUUACGAACCCGCAGACUAUGUCGACUGCGGGUGUCAAGGAUCAUGCUAAUACUCUAUUGAACUUGUUGGAUAUGGAGCGAAGUCCGCAGUUGAACGUCCGACUCCCCAAGAUCAUCUUCAUCGGCCAUAGUCUAGGCGGAUUGGUGAUUAAACAGGCCCUGCUCAACGCCCAAGAAGACCCUAAGUAUACCGCCAUCCGAACUGGAACCUCCGGCCUCGUCUUCUUCGGCUGUCCGCAUCACGGCACCAAAGGCGUCGAACUGGGCAAGAUCGCAGCCAAAGUUGCCCGGUUCGUAUCCAAAGGCCAUGCCAGCAACGAUCUGUUAGAUUGUUUGGAACAUAAUUCGCUGUUUACCCGACAGAUGAGCGUGCGUUUCUCGCACCAGCUGGAGGAUUAUAAAGUUGUCAGCUUCAUCGAGGGAAAGGAGGUGUUGCUUGGUGGUUCGGGGCCAGCGUCCAUCAGUCACCUAGUCGUCGACGAAGAAUCUGCCGUCCUGGGCCUCCCCGGUCAGCGUGAGACCCGCCUCAAACUCGACGCAGAUCACUCGCAGAUGUGCAAGGUUGGCUCCCGCGGACCGAUGUACAAGCUCAUCAAAGGAAACAUCAAACAGAUCGCAGAUUCAGUCCUCGUUGCCGAGCAGGGAUACAUCCCGCAACCGUCGACGACGUCGCGUCUACCUCCCCCUUCGAUCGCCAGCACCGACUGCCCAACGAGUCAUCGGAACGCUUUUGUCGCUGUCGAUAACGAUCCCCGCUCCAUGCAGGCCGCAGAGCAAAAGAAUAAUUGGCAGUGGGAUAAAGCUCGAGAUAUAGAAUAUGCCAUCUUCCAGGAACAUCUACGGACUCUAGGUCCAGAUCACCACAGCACGUUACUGGUCGGAUAUAACCUCGCGGAGAUCGACCUGCGGUCGGAGUACCUUAACAAGGCGACAGAGUGGUGUGAAUGGGUCUCGAAUAACACCCAGCGCGUAUUCGACCGACGACAUCCUCUCGCCAUGAAAGCCGAGAGUCUCAUGGGUGAAAUUCUCUGCCACAAGGGCAAAUACCAGGAAGGCGAGUCGGUAUGCGCCAACGUCCUGGCCAGGCAGCAGAUGACCAUCGGCGAAGACGAUCUCGAUACGCUGGAAACCCGCCGAAGACUCGCCGAGGCGUAUGGCUGUCUCGGUCGUCGCGAGGAAGGCGUCGCUGCGGCUGAGAAACGUGCCGCACGGCUGCAGCAUCUCCUGGGUGAGAACCACAUCCAGGCACUGGCUGCAGUGCUCUGUACCGCUGAGCUCGUCGUCUCGAACCAUACCCAGACCGAGGUGGAGAGAGCCGCCGCAAGAUUUAACCCGCAGACACAGACAGCCGUUGAUGAAAUCUCCAAGGUCUCCCGCGAAUUGCACAAUCUUCUCGGUCCCCGACACCCACUCACCAUCUGGGGCUACGCAUCCUCGGCGCCAGUCAGAUGCAGGCCAGCGCCAGCAUCACCGAGCCCCUCGGAGACGCUGCGACGCGCGCUCGCCAGCGCAGAGGAGUAUCUGGGUGCGGACCACCCGGAGACUAUGAACAUCGUGGCGCACAUGGGCAUGAUGUAUGCAAUGCAGGGCGGCAUGGCCAGGUUUUCGUAUGGCGCUUCUGGAUCUAAUGCCGAAAUAGCAGUGCCUUGGCUCCAACGGUAUCUGACCUGGGCAGAACAUCGGCUGGGACGAGGCCAUCCCGAUGUACAGGGCACGCUCUCCAUGUUGGCCAUGAUGUAUAUGACUAGACAGCAGUAUCCGCAGGCGCAGGGCUACUUCGAUCGACUUCUCGCUUCGUAUGAUGAGUCAGGCACCGAGUUACCGGAGAAUGUACGCACGAUGGCGGAACUAUGUCGGAUGAAUACACGGUUCCUGGAACCGCAAAGAGGAUCAAGUCUCCAGGGAUUGUUGAAGUCGUUUCAAAGACAGAUAUAG